CAACGUUUCCUUCCUUCUUGACAGAUGCGGUAGUUCAAGUAACUAAUCUUUAAUGCUAGAAAAUGGCGCUGAUUUAUAAGGAUUAAUUUUGUUUUUAUAAAUUUUGUGAAUAAACUAAUCGAAUAAGAUGUCAAAGGACGAAAUAAUUUCCAACGUUCUGGAUGGUUUAAGUAGGGUUCAGAGUUUCCUUAAUAAUUCUGAUAUAGAAAUAUUUUUGAAAACUGAUAAAUCCGGUAACAAAAUUAAAAAAUCUAAGAAGUUCAUCGACGAUUUAUUUGAUCUGUCAAAAAAUAUCAAGGAAAGUUUUUAUGAGCUGUACUCCAAGUACGAGAUAGAGGAAACACAAGAAUGUGAAAAAAAUAAUUUAGCAGUGCCAAAGAGUAGAAUCAACAAUGGUUUAAUUUCCAGCAAUAAUUUAGGUAAUGGUGAUAGCAAUAGUCAAGAUGAUGAAGAUAUAUUUCAAAAUGCAGAAUCCAUUGAUGAGAAUGUGGUUACUUCCAUUGAUGAUGAUAUGGAUCCAUCAUUCAAUAAAACACCUGAGCUAAAUACAGAUAAUGAGACUGAAAUUGUACAUAUUGAUCCAUCUGAAGAUCAAAACUUUAAAGUUGAAAACAUGGAAAACGAGCACCCACGAAUUCGAUUAGUAGAUUUGAAUAAAUUGAUCGAUCCAGACAAACAUAAGAAAUCAGUCAAGUUUGAUACUUCUGUUAUAAUUUUAUCCAGUUCAGAUGAUGAGAAAGUAAUAAAUAGUAAAGAAAUAAAUACAGAUUCUGUUAGCGAAAAAAUAAAUUUUUCUAAAAAACAAAAACCAGUUUCUUUUGAAUCGGGGAAAUCUAACCACAAGAAAAAUAUCGAUGAUAUCGAUUCAGAUAUAGAAUUGGACAAAAAUUCCAGAAAAUCUAGACGGUUAAAAAAUGUCCAAAAACUGAAAUCAAAUAUUAAAGAAAAAUAUCGACAAAUCGAAACAAGAAAAAAACGUAAAGAGCGCUCUAAAAAUACAGCUCAUGUUGAAGUUAUUUCAGAUUCUUCCAGUGACUCUGAAACAGAAAAACGACAAAGAAAGUCAACUAGGAUACGAUUGGGUCGAAGCAACAAGAUGGAUGACAUCAAACUACAUAGCAAAGUGUAUGUUCCGUUACCUUUAUUUCAAUGUCAAAAACUGAAGGAAGUCUAUAACAGAAAUAAAGAAUAUUUUGAUAUUAUAAGCCCGGAAAAGUGGGAAUCAUUGAGGAGGUCAAAGCGAACAAGAAACAAAGUAGAAAAUGAAUCUUCAAGUGACGCUGAUGAAUCACAGAUUAAAAAAACUAAAGCAACAAUAAUCGACGGCGAGGACUCUCAAUCUGAUGAUGCAAAGGUGCCCAAAAAGAGUUUAAAAAAACGAAAGAGAGAUGUUGAAAAAGACAUAGUUAAUAGAGGAGAUUCUGAUGAAGGAAGAUGCACUAAAACAAAAACAAAUUCUAAAACGAAUACUAUAAGUGCGGAAAAUUCUGAUUCAGACGAGAAUACGUGGAAAGAAGACAAAUUAUCAAAAAAAAAGUUAUUGCUUAAGAAAGAUGCAGGAGGUGAAAAAAGAAAUAAAAAACUAACAUCUACAAAAGAAACUACAAAUUGUAAUAAUGUAGAUUUACAAGAACAAGUUGACCAUCCCGUGAACAGGAGUAAUUCAGACUCAGAAAAUGAAAUGUCAAACGAAAGAACAUUAAAAACAAGUAAAAAUCAAAAUGAUGAAAAAUCUCAUAAUAAAAAUCUUUCAAUGAAAAGUGCUGAAACUACAAAGGAUUCUGCUAACGGGAAAACAUCAGAUUCUAAUGAAGAAAGCACCGAGAAAAUAUUGAAACAUUCGAAAUCAGGAAUACAUGUCUCUGAGGAAGAUGAAGAACAGGAGGAACCUGAGAUUGAACAAGACCCUCUCGCAGUAGAUGAUCCGUUGUCAACAGAAAUCGACAUACCAGAACAUGAUCAAACUAAUAGGGAAACGUCAGUGAAUAAAGAUACCAUAAAAGAUUCUGCGGAUGAAGAUAAAAGUGAGGAGAGCCACGAUGAUAAUGAUGUGGAGGUUUUGAAUAAAAAACAUAAAGGAAUUGAGGAUGAAUCUAUAGAGUUAAAAAAUAAGAGAGAUGAAGAUAAAAAAGGAACGGAGAGGGGUGAUUCUGAAAAUCUUGAUUCCGAGGAUGAAAAUAAAAGGGAAAAGAAAAAUGAAAAAACGCCUCAACAAUCAGAUAUUUCUGAUGACGAAGAAUCGACUAACAAGAACACCGAUAAAAAAAUAAUGGUAAGCUCUGAUUCGGAUGAAGGAUUUGGAGCUUUUUCUAAGAAACGGGGUAAAACAACUAAAGAACUUAUAAGAAAAGCAAAGAAGAAAAUGAAAGUAGUAGUUUCCGAUUCCGACAAUUCAGAAAAUGAUGACAAAGAUAAAGAAGAUACAGAAAAAGAAGUACAAUCUAUUUCUGAAGAAUCAGACAAGCCAAAAGAAGAUAGUGAUGACAAAAAGAAAAAGUCACGAAGGAAGAGAAUAAAGAGGACCAAGGACAGUAGUAGUGAUAGUGACGAGGAAGUAGCAACAAGAAAAAAUAUUCGUAAGGUGUUGGAUAAAAAUUCUUUAUCGGAAACGACAAAACAAGCAGAAGCAGAAGAAAAAGAACGGAAGGCACGUAUUGCUGAAAAACAGAAAAAAUACAACCAUAUAUUUGAAGAAAAGAAAGACGCCAAAAUUGAUAAGGUAGUUUUGGAUUAUGACGCAAAAACUAAAGAGCCUCUUCUGGAGGUUCACAAAAAAAUUGUCAAACAUUUGAAGCCUCAUCAAGCAUCCGGUAUUCAAUUCAUGUAUGAUGCUUGUUUCGAAUCGGUAGAGAGAUUGAAGGACUCCCAAGGAUCCGGUUGUAUAUUAGCGCAUUGUAUGGGUUUAGGCAAGACGUUGCAAGUAAUUUCCUUGGUCCAUACAUUGAUAGUAAACAGUAAUAUAACUAAAGUUCAUAAAGCAAUGGUUGUUUGUCCUAUAAAUACAGUUCUCAAUUGGAAAUCAGAAUUUAAAAAGUGGGUACCAAAUAGCUCUCCAAUAGACGUAUACGAAUUGGCGACGCCAAAGAAGAACUAUGAAAGGCAGUAUACAAUCAGCGAGUGGAAUUGUGGUGGUGGCGUUUUGAUUUUGGGGUAUAAUAUGUUCAGAUUACUAAGUAAUCCGAACAAUAAAAAAAUUACGAAGAAAAUGAGAACAGCAUUUGUCGAAGGGAUGGUUGAUCCAGGUCCCGAUAUAGUGAUAUGUGAUGAAGGUCACUUGCUCAAGAAUGAAAAAACCAAUUUGAGCAUAGCUAUGAACAGAAUAAAAACAGCAAGAAGAAUAGUUCUUACUGGUACUCCUUUACAAAAUAAUUUGAAAGAAUACUGGUGUAUGGUGCAAUUCAUAAAACCGAAUCUACUUGGAACAUAUAAAGAAUAUAUGAAUCGAUUCGUAAAUCCCAUUACAAAUGGCCAAUAUACAGAUUCAACUAAACACGACAUAGACCUCAUGAGAAAACGAUCUCACGUUCUUCACAAACUCCUAGACGGUGUAGUACAACGACGAGAUUAUGCGGUUCUUGAACCAUACUUGCCACCGAAACAUGAAUAUGUUCUGUUUCUCAAAUUAUCUGAUGUACAAGUUAAACUAUACAGGCAUUACAUUGAACAUUAUGCUCGCAAAAAUGACGGAUCAAAUAGAACGUCAUUUCUUUUUGCCGAUUUUCAAGAACUACAAAGGAUUUGUACGCAUCCGAGAGUGCUGAAGGAUAGAAGCGUGGAAAAGAAAGAAAAAUGGGACGACGAAGAAGAAUCUGAAGGUUCCCUAAAGGAUUUUAUUGAUGAUGGCGAAGUAUCAACACACUCAACUUCUAGUUCUAACUCUAAUAGUGAAGAAGAUAGUUCUCAUGAAUCCGAAAGCGAAAAAAAGAAAAAGAAGCCCAGGAUGACAAGAGCUAGGGCUGCACAAAAGAAAGACGACAAUGCAGAUAGUAGCGAUUCAGAUAUUGAAGAAGUAUCAAAGGAGUGGUGGCAAGAAUUCUGUGAUGGUGAUGAAUUAGAUAAUAUUAAGAACAGCGGAAAAUUAUCUUUAUUAUUUGAAAUUCUCAAAGAAUGUGAAGAAAUAGGUGAUAAAGUAUUAGUGUUCUCUCAAUCGUUAAACUCAUUGAAUUGUAUAGAAUAUUUCCUUGCUAAAAUUGAUGAAGCAACCGAAGCUGGGGAUACAGAAAAAAUGGGUUAUAAAGGUAGUUGGAGUCUUGGGCUGGACUAUUUUAGAUUGGAUGGCUCUUCUAGUUGUGAUAAUAGAGCAUAUUGGUGCGACUCUUUCAAUAAUCCUGACAAUGUCAGAGCCCGUCUUUUCCUUAUUUCUACCAAAGCUGGUGGCUUGGGAAUCAAUUUAGUUGCAGCUAAUCGAGUGAUAAUAUUUGAUGUGUCGUGGAAUCCUUCUCACGAUAUACAAAGUAUCUAUAGGGUAUAUAGAUUUGGCCAGUUGAAACCAAGUUACAUUUAUCGUUUUGUAACUUAUGGUGCAAUGGAAAUGAAAAUAUAUGAAAGGCAAGUUACUAAACAAGCUAUUUCGAAAAGAGUUAUUGACGAACAACAAAUAGAUAGGCAUUAUAACCAAAAUGACUUACAAGAAUUAUAUAAAUGUGAUCUAGAACCAACUGAAAGACCUUUGCCUAUGGUACCAAAGGAUGUCCUACUUGGAGAAAUGUUACAAAAAUACGAAAAUAUUAUAUUUAAAUAUCACUUGCAUCAGUCCCUCUUGGAAAAUAAACAAGAUGAAGGUCUCAACGAGGAAGAGAGAAAAGCUGCUUGGGAAGAGUUCGAAAAUGAAAAAGUUCUUAGGAAAACAACUACUAGUACUAAUGCAUUCUUUGUUCAAGCAUAUGGAAAUGCUGCAGGUUUUCAGAAUAUGAGUGCUGCAGCUAUAAAUGCAGCGCUGAUGAAUAUAGUGAGACGGGAUAAUCCUACUUGGUCUGAACAACAGAUAAAGGGUAUAAUACCUGCACUUGUUAGGCAGCUACAAGUUCAGAUAGAAGAACAGGAUAUGUCGAUGUAUCAGCGUGUCGUCCAAGAAAUACAAAUAAUGAACCAAACGAAAUUGAAAGAAUCACUUUAUCAACAGCAUAUGAUGAAAUAUUACCAACAACAGUACCUUUACCAAAAACAACAACAAGCAGUAUUAGGAAAUUUAAAUAUAAACCCUCAAACGCUACAAAGCUUAUACAGUCAGUCGAACUAUUAUCCUGGAAACACCCAACAAUUUUUAAAUGGACCGAGCACAUCAUCCAACACAUCUAGGCGUCCUACUGGUGAAGUUAUAGAUCUUAAUGACUGACAGUUCUAAGUAUAAUUUUAGUUUAUCAUAGGCGAAUAUUUCAAUUUUUGAAUGAUAAAAUAUUUGGAGGAUUUUUUUAUAUGAUUCAGAUAUUUGAUUGGUAUUCUGUGAAUACCUAUAUUGUCUAUAAACUUCAAUCUUAGAUAAAUGGGGCAUUAUUGCCGCCACGGUU